AUGUACACCAAGACCGCCCUGAUCGCCGUCCUGGCCGGUUCAGCGACCGCCGUCUUCGACGUCAGACCGGACCGCAUCCGUCGCGAUGUCGUUCCCCGUCAGACUGAGCUCUCCGCCGACCCAUGCCUCAAUGCCCUAGGCACAGUCUACGCCAACGCACCCACUCCUCCUCCCAAGAUUCUCUCCUAUGAGAUGACUGCUCCUCCUCAAACCGACCCUUGCAGCAUCACUGUCCCUGCGGAGCUGAGCGCCGAGUACUCGAGCUAUACCUCGGAGCUUCUGAGCUGGGUCGACGCCAACUCGGCCUCGAUCGCGUCGGCAGUGUCCGUUUGCUCCACUCUCUCCGAGUUUGAGACCGAGAUCCCGCUCUGCACGGCGGAACUCGGUAGUGGUGCUACGGAGUCUGGCUCUUCUGCACCAAAGACCACGGCUGCUGGCGGUGAUUUUCCCAAGUCUACCGGCGAGACAAAGACUGGAGCUGCCGCUGGCACAGGUGCCGGUGUCACAAGCGGCCGUAACAACCCAACGCAGGUUCCCGUCAACGUUGGAACCCGUCAGACCGGCAUGAUCGCAGCCGCUGCCGUUGCCGCUGGUCUUGUCGGUGUUGCCGCGUUUUUGUAA